GCGCCUCUGCUUUCUAUCCGCAGCCAUCCGCCUUUCUUUCGAGCUAAACCGCCCUGGGGAUUGAGAGUUAAAGAGAGUUGGAGGCCUUAUGGGACCACAGGGUUCUCAGUCGCCCUUAGGUCUCCGGACAAAAUGGGGUCUGCGAUUGGUAUCUUGGCAAAGGCAGGGCAGAAGGGCUGCUGGCCUGGCCAGGAAUCCAAGCCUGAAGAGACAGGACAAUUACAGUGUUGGGGGAGUGCGGAAGCGGAGUGCGUCUGCUUUUGGAAAUGGCUUCACGAGAUGCGGAAAUUAAGAGGUCACACCCUUAGAACCCCAUCCCUGUUCUAAUUGUGACAAGCAAGUAUUGGUACUGAAUGCACCCUUCUCCCCCACCCCCGGCUCCCAGAAGUCAUCAGACGGUAGUCCUGGAGGCCCCAGCACAGGCAACGUGAAUGUUAGGAGGGGUGGCGGGUUAGGUAGCGUUUAAAGUCUCCCAUGGUCGGGAGCCAGACUGAGAUCCUCCUUGAGUUGAGAACGGAGUGGUUUAUUGCUGGCCUUGUGGGAUUUGGAGUGUGAAGAAAACGAAUCUUGGGCACUAGAGGAGUCGCUCGCUGCCGAGUGAAGAGGCUUGAAAUGCCCGGUGAAGCCACAGAAACCGUCCCUGCUACAGAGCAGGAGUUGCCACAGCCUCAGGCUGAGACAGCUAUGCUUCCCAUGUCUUCAGCCUUGAAUGUCACUGCUGCCUUAGGGCAGCCUCUACCUACCCUUCCCUCUCCUUGCUCCCUGGCCCCCCAACAAUGCCCUCUGGCAACUGCUAACCAGCCUUCCCCAUUUCCUUCCCCCUCUACUAUUGCCUCAACCCAUUUUGAAAUUCCUUUUCCCCAGUCAUCCUCUGGAUCAGCCCUGCCUUUGGGAAAUGCCUCUGACACCCCAACUUUCCUACCAAACCUAAUAGGGCCUCCCAUCUCCCCAGCUGCCUUAGCUCUGGCCUCUCCCAUGAUAGCUCCACCUCUGAAAGGGACCCAUUCCUCUUCAGCUCCCUUAGCUCUAGUUGCCUUGGCUCCCCACUCAGUUCAAAAGAGUUCUGCUUUUCCACCUAACCUGCUUACUUCACCUCCUUCAGCUGUAGCUGAGUCAGGGUCAGUGAUAUCUCUGUCAGCUCCCACUGUUCUCUCAGAACAGACUUCUAUUCAAGUUCCCUCUCAGGUAGUCCCUAAUCCAGAAGGUAUCCCAAGUCCUCCAGGUAGAGUGUGUGCGGUUCCUUCCCACCUUAUAACCCCCUUGGCCUCUGUACAAUCUGGAAUAGCCUCCUAUCCUCAGACACCACCACCUACCACUUCCCUAGCCAUCACUUCCCCUCAGAUCAAAGGUAUCCCCAUUUCCUCAGCUCCUACUUCUCCACAAAACCCAGGAAGCUUCAACCUAAAGGGGCCUGUUAAUCCACCUGUUGCCUUAUCUAUUUCAGCCCAGUCUAUGCCUGUGGUGACCUCUUCUCAAAAGACUGUGGCUCCCAACAUCACCUCAGUUUUUCCCACUUUGGGCUCUUUACAGCAAAGUUCUUUUGGUUCACCUGUCCAGCCUUUAAGUCAGACAGCUCCUAAUGCUCUGUCAGAUCCUACAGUAAAUACCAUUUCUGUAGAUCAUUCUAACAUGGGGGUCUCUUGUCCUCAGAGAUCUGUAGUUCCUCCCCUUCCCUCCAGAAAUGAGGUAGUUCCUGCUGCUGUGGCUGCUCUUCCAUUGGUGGCUCCAGCUUUUCCUCUGGCUGUUGACAAAGGCCUCUCCACCAUUACUAACAUGACCUCCUGUAACUCUUCUGGUUCCCCAGAUGUAGCUGCCACUUCUUUAUCUCCUACAGCCUCUCUCAAAGGCUCUCCUAAUGACACUACUCAGCCUUUGGUGGCCCAGAUUCCUGUUUCUCCAAAAAGUCCAGGCUUGAAAGAAACUCCUAUUUCUUCUGUUGGAACCACCCCACUUGAGAUGACUAACCCCUCUACAAUUUCUGCAGCAUCUAUUCCCUUCGAGGUAGCUACUUGUGUCUCUCCUCCAGUUUCAUCAGGUCUCAUACGUAGUAAAAAACCAACUUCCCCUGCUGCCCUGGUUAUGGCACCUGUGAUGCCCAAAGAGCUUCCUACUCAAGUAGCAACCACUCUGGGGAUACCAGUUUCUCCUCCUCUGCCAGACCCUAAAGACCUUAAAAACCACCCUACUCCAGUAUUGGUAAAAUUCCCAACACAAAAAGAUCUCCAAACUGUACCUGGCUCUCCUAUAGGAGCUUCUAUUUUUCCAGCCCAGGCAGGACUCCCUACCAAGAAAGACCCUAGUCUACCACCAUUGACCCUGGCAGCCCCUGAAAAUUUCCCCUCUCCCCAAAGUUCAUCAUCAUCUCUGGAGAUGUCUCUUUCUCUUGAAGCUACCCUAGCAAAGGAAAGCCUUGCAGGGCCCCUCCCCAUAGAUAAGCUGGUCAGUGCUACUCUUUCUCCCCAGGUUGUUAAAUCUCCAACCUCUAUAAUCGAUACAGAUCCUUAUGCAAGCCCAGAUCCUGAUAAUUUGCUUCUCAAAAGUUCUCUCACUACCACAACAAUGACUGCCUUUCCUUUGGAAAGUGCUGACCCUGCUGGGGUGGCUCCUACAACUACAGCCAGCAUCCUAGAAGGAACUGUCUCUUUAGCGCCUAAGAACCACCUAGCUAAGAAUGGUACUUUCAACCCUACUACUUUACCUUUGGUUCCUACAGCCUCUGAAAGUUGCCCUGUGACUCCAGCUACUUUGGCGCUGGCCCCUGAAAUUCCCAAGUCUGUGCCCUCUCCUUGUAUUCCCCCAGCUGGGACUCCUUCGGGUGCAAAAAAAGUUGAUGAUAUUUUUCAUAUCUCAGCAUUGGCAUCUGUCACUUCCUCUCCUGAAGGAUGCCCAACUGAGGAUUCUGGUGCUUCUGUUACUGCAUCUUCCAAAGGAACCCUGACUUACCUAGCUGACUCCCCAUCUCCCUUAGGGAUUAGUGUGCCUCAGGCUAAAAGACCUCCAACCAAACAGAGUUCUGCUAUCCUUGAUGCUUCUGUUGGAAAUCUCUCAUCCCCUAUUUAUCCAACUGAAGCUUCCUUUCUUCCAGUGGCCAGUCUUUCUUUUCAAGGCCCUAAAGGCUCACCAACCAAGAAAAAUCCUCCCACUCUCCCAUCCCCCAAAGGGGCCACUCCUUCCUCUCCCAAAGGCAUAACCCUAUCCCCUAAAGAGAUUCCCACUCCCUCAGUUGGGAUACCUCCAUCCCACAAAGAGGGCCCAUCAACCCCAUCCUCUAAAGGGGCACCUACUUCUUCAGCUGUAACUACACCCUCCCCUACAGAGGCUCUAGGGGCCCCAAUUCCUCAAGCAGUGACUCCUUCUUCCCCUAAAGGGACCUGGACUCCCCCAGCGGUGACUCUUCCCUCCCUUAAAAAAGCCGCAGCAAUCCCAGCUCCCAAAGGAGGCCCAGCUACCCCAUCCUCCAGAGGGGAUCCCACUUCCCUAGCAGUGACUCCUUCCUCCCCUAGAGAGGCCCCAGCAACCCCAGCUCCCAAAGGAGAUCCAGCUACCCUAUCCUCCAAAGGGGAUCCCACUUCCCCAACAGUGACUCCCUCCCCAGAAAAGGCCCCAACAACCCCGGCUCCUAAAGGAGGCCCAGCUAUCCUAUCCUCCAAAGGAGAUCCCACUACCCCAGCAGUGACUCCUCCUUCCCCCAAAAAAGCCCCAGCAACCCCAGCUCCCAAAGGAAGCUCAGCUCCCACAUCCAAAGGGGAUCCCACUCCUCCAGCAGUGACUCCUCCCUCCCCUAAAAAGGCCCCAGCAACCCCAGCUCCCAAAGGAGGCUCAGCUCCUACAUCCAAAGGGGAUCCCACUCCUCUAGCAGUGACUCCUCCCUCCCCCAAAAAGGCCCCAGGAGGCUCAGCUCCCACAUCCAAAGGGGAUCCCACUCCUCCAGCAGUGACUCCUCCCUCCCCCAAAAAGGCCCCAGAAACCCCAGCUCCCAAAGGAGUCCCAGCUAUCCCAUCUUCCAAAGGGGAUCCCACUCCCCCAGCAGUGACUCCUCCCUCCCUUAAAAAGGCCCCAGCAACCCCAUCCUCCAAAGGGGAUCCCACUACCCCAGCAGUGACUACACCCUCCCCCAAAAAGGCCCCAGCCUCCAAAAGGGAUCCCACUCCCCCAGCAGUGACUCCUCCCUCCUCCAAAGAGUCCCCAGUAACCCCAGCUACUCCAUCCUCAAAAGGGGAUCCCACUGCCUCAGGAGUGAUUCCUUCCUCCCCAAAAAAGACCCCAGCUCCCAAAGGAGGCCCAGCCAGCUCAUCCUCCAAAGGGGAUCCCACUCCUCUAGCAGUGACUACACGCUCCCCCCAAAAGGCCCCAGCAUCCAAAGGAGGCCCAACUACCCCAUCCUCCAAAGGGGAUCCCACUCCCCCAACAGUGACUCCUCUCUCCCCCAAAGAGGCCCCAGUAACUCCAGCUCCCAAAGGAUGCCCAGCUACCCCAUCCUCCAAAGGGGAUCCCACUCCCCCAGGAGUGACUCUUCCCUCCCCCAAAAAGACCCCAGCUCCCAAAGGAGGCCCAGCUACCCCAUCCUUCAAAGGGGAUCCUACUCUGUCAGUGGUGACUCCUCCCUUCCCCAAAAAGGCCCAAGCAACCCCCUCUUCCAAAGGGGAUCCCACUCCCCCAGUAAUGACUCCUCCCUCCCCCAAAAAGGCCCCGGCAACCCCAGCUCCCAAAGGAGGCCCAGCUACCGCCUCCUCCAAAGGAGAUCCCAAUCCCCCAGCAAUGACUCCUGCCUCCCCCAAAAAGACCCCAGCUCCCAAAGGAGACACAGCAACCCCAUCCUGGAAAGAGGAUCCCACUGCCCCAGUGGUGACUCCUCCCUCCCCCAAAAAGGCCCCAGCAUCCCCCUCCAAUGGGGAUCCCACUCCCUCAAUGGUGACUCCUUCCUCCCCCAAAAGGGCCCCAGCUCCCAAAGAAGCCUCAGCUGCUCCAUGCAAAGGGGAUACCACUCCUCCAGCAGUGACUCCUCUCUCCAAAGAGGCCCCAGCAACUCUGGCCCCCAAAGGGGCCUCUACUCUCCCAGCCAUGACUCCCUACUCCAAAGAGAAUUCAUCCAAAGAGGCCCCCACUUUCCCAGCCCUUACUCCUCUCUCUCACAAAGAGGCUCCCAUUCCCUCAGACAUAACUUUGCCCUCAUCCAAAGGGACCCCAGUUUCCACAUCCCCCAAAGAGGCCCCUAUUCCAGCUAUGGCUCCUCUCUCCCUCCAAAAGACUCCAUCAACUCCAGUCCUCAAAGGGACCCCUACUUCCCCACCUGUGACGGCUUCCUCCCCCAAAGACUCCCCUACCUCCCCAGUUUCAGUGACAUGUACUGUUGAGUCUGUUGCCCCUCAAGUACCUAAAGGGCUUCCAGCAAAGAAGGGAUCCACAGCUGUCAAAGAAGCACUUGUUGCCCCAGCUCCCACUCAGAAAGGUACACAGGCCAAGAAGAGUUCUGCUACUUCACCUCCUGUGUGCCUAGAUCCCUCAGCUAAGAAUGGUACUAAAGGACCCCUUUCCACAGUGGCUUCAGCCCCUCUACUCACAGUCCCUGCUCAGAAAGGUUCUUCAAAGCCUGCAAAAACUCUCCCGGUUUCUCCUGGGAAAGGCAAAGAUUCUCUUCGUUCCCCAAAGAGCCUCUUGGCUUCUCCUGAGUCUAAGGCAUCUACCCCUCUGGCAGCAGCUGCCUCUGAAGAGGUCCUUCCUAAAGGUGUAUCAGCAUCUGUCUCUCCAGCAUCCACCCCACCAGUCUCUCUGCCUCUUACUCCCAUCCCAGAUCCCCUUCUGCUUCCUAAACAGCAAUUCCUGCCGUCCUCACCUGGGCUGGUGCUGGAAUCACCCUCUAAGCCCCUAGCCCCUGCUGAUGAGGAUGAGCUGCCGCCUCUGAUUCCCCCGGAACCAAUCUCUGGGGGAGUGCCUUUCCAGUCGGUCCUCGUCAACAUGCCCACCCCCAAACCUGCUGGAAUCCCUGCCCCAACCCCCUCUGCCAAGCAGCCUGUUCUGAAGAACAACAAGGGGUCAGGAACAGAAUCUGACAGUGAUGAAUCAGUACCAGAGCUUGAGGAACAAGAUUCCACACAAGCAACCACACAACAAGCACAGCUGGCAGCAGCAGCUGAAAUCGACGAGGAACCAGUCAGUAAAGCAAAACAGAGUCGGAGUGAAAAGAAGGCACGGAAGGCUAUGUCCAAACUGGGUCUUCGACAGGUUACAGGGGUUACUAGAGUCACUAUCCGGAAAUCUAAGAAUAUCCUCUUUGUCAUCACAAAACCAGAUGUCUACAAGAGCCCAGCUUCAGAUACCUACAUAGUUUUUGGAGAAGCCAAGAUCGAGGAUUUGUCUCAGCAGGCACAGCUAGCAGCUGCUGAGAAAUUCAAGGUUCAAGGUGAAGCUGUUUCAAACAUUCAAGAAAACACACAGACUCCAACUGUACAAGAGGAGAGUGAAGAGGAAGAGGUUGAUGAAACAGGUGUGGAAGUUAAAGACAUAGAAUUGGUCAUGUCACAAGCAAAUGUGUCGAGAGCAAAGGCAGUCCGAGCCCUAAAGAACAACAGUAAUGAUAUUGUAAAUGCUAUUAUGGAAUUAACAAUGUAACCAUCUGAAAACAAGGACUUUUUUUGGUGUUUCAAAAGAGUAACCACAGCUUGGUUUGAAAUUUGUACUGUUUCUAUCAUUAAUAAAGUUAUGGCUUCUUGUUGGAUGAACUCA